AUGGCUUCCACGAGGAUAUCCGCGCCCAUGCGUGGCGUCACACAUCAAUUGAGAAGUCUGUCGAUACGGCCGAAUGCGCUGUGUACGCGCUGCGCCAAAUCUCUAUGCACGCCCACCAGCCGCUCAAUAACCACAUCUGCCCCCUCCAAGGCCACGCUAUCGUCGAUAAAUGCCAAGGCCCAUGACUCCGGAUAUGUGCCUGUUAAGCCUUUUGAGCAGCAGACAGUUCUCGCAACUAUCCACCAAUUCCCUUCUCUGGAACCGCUCCGAUUCGAAGAAUACCCUGCAAAUCACCUAUACCUGCCCACCCGACGAGACAUACUACACCGCGCUGUCAUCUACGAAGGAGAUAGUACCCGGUUAGGUACUGCUUCGACAAAGACAAGAUAUGAAGUACGAGGUUCAGCAAGAAAGAUCCGGCCGCAGAAGGGAACCGGUCGCGCUCGUCUGGGAGACAAGAAGUCGCCCAUGCUGAAAGGUGGAGGUGUCGCUCAUGGCCCCAAGCCCCGCGACUUUGCGACUGAACUGCCUAAGAAGGUUUACGACCUCGCAUGGCGGACAGCACUCUCGUACCGGUUCAGGAAGGGCGAACUGAUCAUUGUGGACAACGCGAUGGAGAUUGAAAGCCCAUCAACAAAGUUACUGAGCGAUAUCCUCAAGUACCACGAAAAGUUACACGGUAAGGGCAGGAGUUUGAUGGUCACGUUGGAAGAGCGACCGUUAUUGGAGCAGGCGUUGGUAGAGAUGGAUCGUGGUGAACAAACGCUCACAUGGGAGGAAGUCGACGUCAAAAACCUCCUCGAACUGUCGCGCGUCAUCAUCGAGCGUGACGCAUUGCACAACAUCCUCCUUGCUCAUGAGGAGGAUAUCACACACAAGGCCAUCACGCCCUGGCACAAGAGCCUUGUCCGAUCAUCGCCACCCACCGAGCUCGAAUCGACCAUCGGCUGGGAAGAAUUCCGCGAACUCUCCCUCUCCGACCCUAAAGAGAAAGAUGUCAUGCGCGCUGGAGUCUACGAAAAUGUGGCAGGUACGCGCUACGCCUACGCUGAAUCUCUGCCUCAAGGACCCAAACGUUCCGAACUCACGAUAUCCGCCUACAACCUCCUUUCCGAAGCCAAGGAACUGCAAUUCGCCGAGAAGACCGGCCGUUCUUUCAACGACUAUCUCAUCUCCCCGGAGAGUGACGAGUGGCCUCGCAUCCAGACUAUAACUUACCAAAUCAACACGAAACAUGACCUUGCUGGCAGAGCUUUGAACACCAACAGACUGGAGUCUGAAGAGAUCAUGGUCGAAUUGGGGGAGCUUCAAGUACGGAAGGCAGAAGUAGAGUAUGAGGCGGCGUUACUCGCAGCACAAAUCCACGAGCACCGCUCUGAAGCUUUCCGUUUGACUGGGGAUGAAGCGAGAGCUGAAGAACAGUUGGAAUUGGCUAGCGGCGAGAGGACCAAUGUCGACAAUGCAGAACUACUACUUUUGGAGUCUAGGCUCGAAUUCGCCAAGCAGAAGAAUGUCGUUGCCACUCUCAAGGGCCACUUCGCUGGCCAGCAGAAGACAAGGGAAGAGGUUAGGCUUUGUGAGGAGAAGCUUCAGGCCAAGAGUGCGGAAAUAGCGGCUGACAUGGCCGAACGCGAGACGAUCGAGGGUGAGGACGUGCAGGAGGUGGAUGUUGCGACUGGAGUUGAGACAAAGGCUGAGCCGGCCAAGGAAGUGAAGAAGUUAUGA